AUGGAAUUAUGGAAAUAUAAUAUUUAACAAUUAAUCUUUGUUGUAUUGUUGGCGCAGUAUCGCCGCUUGAUCUGAUCUCUCCCUUUCGCCUAAUCCAAUCUAUCCCGGCCUGCUCCGGCGCCGAUCAUAUUUUCCGGCAACCAGAAGAAGAGAUCGAGAGGGAGAGAGUCGCAUCAAUAUCAUACAAUUUGCCCACAAAUGCAUUAUCAAAAACCCACAAUCUCUGUAUGCAUGUAUUAUAUUUUCAAUCUCUAUCUAGGUUUGAUUUGAAACAUUCACGUUCUUAUUGGGGUUUUCAUUUAGGACAUCUUCUCCCAUCUCCAUGCAAGCAUGCAUGAGAAACGAAUUUGAUGUUACGUAAGAGGGGUAAUUGAUGCAUGCAGAAUUGUUGCAUUUACGUACGUUACGUAGAAAAGAAUGUGUCAGCCAUCAAAUGCGGCGGCACCACCUCCCGGAGAUCUACCAUCACCAACCUUCGACCGCCGAAUUGUCGACCUGAAUGCGCCGACCGUCCGACUAUAUCAAGUGUGGAAAGGAAGUAACAAUUUCAUAUUUGGGGGCAGACUCAUAUUUGGUCCAGAUUUCAGAUCAAUAUCUUUCACGCUAUUCUUGAUUUUGGUUCCACUACUCUUGUUUUGCGUUUUCGUUUCAAGAGGGCUUAUUAAUAAACUCCCUCAUCCAAUAGGUCAUAUUCUCCUAGCACUAGCACUUGUCUUCACCACCUAUAUAAUCGUUCUUCUUUUCGUCACGUCGGGAAGAGAUCCGGGAAUAAUUCCCCGAAACUCCCACCCGCCGGAGCCAGAUGAUGAACUGGACACCUCUAGUAUCUCCACAGAUUGGGCGGGGAGUCAGAGUGGUAUGAGUUUACCUCCAACAAAGAGUGUUAUAGUGAAUGGGAUAGUUGUGAGGGUAAAGUACUGUCAAACAUGCAUGUUGUACCGCCCCCCACGUUGCUCUCAUUGUUCUAUAUGUAAUAAUUGUGUUGAACGGUUUGAUCACCACUGCCCAUGGGUGGGACAAUGCAUUGGAAAGAGAAAUUAUCGACACUUUUUCAUGUUUGUUUCUUCUACAACUCUCUUGUGUCUAUACAUUUUUACUUGUUGUUGUAUAAGCAUUAGGCUGGUAAUGAGAGCGGAAAAUUGCUCUUUUUGGAGGGCUUUUGCCAAAUCACCUUAUUCGGGAAUUCUUAUCAUAUAUACAUUUAUCGUUUCUUGGUUCGUUGGAGGUCUCACUUCAUUUCACAUAUACUUGAUCCUCACCAAUCAGACAACGUAUGAAAACUUUCGAUACCGCUAUGAAAGGAAGAUGAAUCCCUACAAUGUUGGAAUUGCUGAGAAUUUUAGAGAAAUAUUUUGCUCUAGAAUACCAAAAUCCAAGAACAACUUUCGUGCUAAGGUGAAAGUGGAAUUCCCUUCAAUCUUCAACACUUCCACCUACCCAAGCCGAUCAAUGAGCCCAGAGAUGCCCAACAUGAGCCAUAACAUAGAGAUUGAAAAAAGGAAAGGAGUUGCCAAUGAUGAAUUUGAAGACUUACAAAGGCAAAUAAAUAGGAGCAUUGGUGACUUAGAGAGAUGUGAACCUCAACCUAAGCGUAGUAAUAAAAGGAACCACAAAUUUACUUGGGAGAGAAGUCCUGGUUCACAUGUAAUGGAUGAAGAGUGAGGAUUUAGUUUCUUGGGAGUAAGAGUAAUGAAUGAAACAUUAUAUGAACAAAGUGCACAAUAUGAGAGACAUUCUUUUUUUCUAAAAUAU